GCAAUUGCACCGGGGCUCCUUCGCAGCCUGGCUGGGGCGGCGCGCGGGGGUGGCGGGUCACCCACCACCUGUCUGGACGUGGGAAAGGUGCGUCGCUCGAGUCAGGUGCCUCCUGACCUGGGUCAGCAGCGUCCUUCGGCGUCCGGGAGCCGAGAAAAGGAGUAAACAACCUUCAGCUGAUCCUCCUGUUCAAGGUGAAGAAAAUUUUGCUACGGACAAGUUUUGAUGGUGGUUGACAACCCUGGAUCUGCAAUGCUUCGUCCCCCAAAUGGUUUGCCACCUGCUGACCAGCAUGUUCAUGAUGGUGGAGACCAUCCUUCACCUGCCUCGAGAGGGUCCAGCUUCACAUCUCCUCCACAUCACUCGAGAGCUGGAGCCUCUGUGGGAACUCUGGGUCUUAGGCUGGAUGAUUUUAUCCCCUCACACCUCCAGGAGAGAGCAUCUAUCCGUAGUGGGAGUUUCACUUCUCCGCGGGCUACGUCCACCCCACAAAAUAAAUGGGACCCCAAGUACUACAGAGUUCCCGUGAUUCGCAAUUGUGGAUCUAAUACCCUGAAUUUUGAAUUCCACGAUACAACUCCCCGCCGAGUGUACAAUGGGAUAUCUCAGCCAUGGAAAACAACUCAGCAGAGUUCAGCGAAUAAUUGGUACCCAACCUGGCCCGCUAAAGAAAUUAGACCACUGAAAACUGAACCUGCUCAUUCUCCUCACUUGGCUGGUUCAGUCAAUUACGCACUUGUGAACAGCGAAGCACAACCAGGCUGGUCAGCGACCUGGACAAAAGAUGGCAAGAGGAAGGAGAAACGUUGGGUGAAGUACGAUGGGAUCGGGCCAGUGGAUGAGUCUGGGAUGCCCCUAGCCUCUCGAUCGAGUGUAGACAGUCCUAGGGACUGGUAUCGCAGCAUGUUCCAGCAAAUCCACAGUAAACUUCCAGAAUCAGAUCUGGAUUGGGAUCCCUCCAAACCAAGAGAUCAUGACCCUCCAAUGCUCAUGAAGAAGAACCAACCUCCGCUGAUGACCUCAAGCAGACCCUCCCGUCAAAAGAAUGGCUUGGAUUGGAGAAAUUGGGAAACUGCAGAUGCCGCCAGCAAAGGGCCCAGGAGUAUUUUUGAUUAUGAACCGGGGAAGUCAUCCAUCCUUGAUAAUCCUACUUUGGCCAAGAAACCCUCCACCCCAUCUUCAGCACGAUCCCCAUCGCCGCCCUCUCUGCCAAUUGAGGAGUUACUGGAGAAGGAACUGCGGCAGCUCAGCGAAGAGUUGGACAAGGAUAUUAGAAACCUGGAGCAGCAGCAACUUAUCCGUAAGAAUCCCCCGGUUGGUUCCUCUGACUGCCCCUCUUCCCUGGCCUUCCCUGCCCGCUGCCCAUUGCCCAUUUCUGGUGUCCAUCCUUUAGCCCCGGGCCACAUACCAGCCAGCCCAAGAAUGGAGAAGGGAAGCCCAGGCGUCACCAGGAGUACCUGGAGCAACUCUCUACCCAGGAACGAUCCUCUGAGAGUCCCGGGGCAAAGUCCCUUCCUUGAUUCUUCAGAAAUCCUUCUAGAUAGUCCUCCCAAGAGAGAUGAGAAGAAGAUGAAAGCUGCCCGCCUCAAAUUUGAUUUCCAAGCAGAAUCGCCAAAAGAAUUGACCUUACAGAAAGGUGACAUUGUCUACAUCCACAAAGAAGUCGACAAAAAUUGGCUGGAAGGGGAACACCACGGCAGGGUGGGCAUCUUCCCUGCUAAUUACGUGGAGGUCCUGCCUCCAACCGAAAUUCCCAAGCCCAUCAAAGUGCCCUCCAUCCAAGUCUUGGAGUAUGGGGAAGCAGUGGCCCAGUACAACUUCAAAGGAGACCUGGCAGUAGAACUGUCCUUCCGAAAGGGUGAACAUAUCUGCCUCGUCCGUAGGGUCGACGAGAACUGGUAUGAAGGUCGCAUCUCUGGCACAAACCGCCAGGGUAUUUUCCCAGCCAACUAUGUCCAGGUGGUGAAAGUGCCCAGGGUGAAGAAUUCGGAGGAAUAUCCUUCCUCUCCGGGCCUUCCAACCCAUGCCAGCUCAUCCCCCCAGGCACAUACACUCAGUCUGGGCGGUAGGUGGCAGUCUGAGACUUCCCCUACAAGCCUACCAAGCGCUCUGGCACCAGACCUGCUCUCUUCCUCCUCCUCUUCCUCCUUCUCCUCCUCUGCCCCCUCUGGAUUCACAUUUCCCAUCUCUCCGAAAUUUGAAAAUCUUGAGACCACGACUCACAGAAUCCAGGAUGCACCCAGAGCUCGCUCUUUCAGUCCCCAGAGUCAAAGCCCAGGGAAAAUGUCCAGUGGUAGCCCGCAGCCUCUCGCGUCUCUCCAGAUGAAGGACCCACCACGACCUCUUCCUCCUGUACUGACUUCCCACACACGGACUUCCAUUCCUUCGCAGAAUUCCGCCCGCGAGGCAGCGUUGUCCCCAACUUCAAAGCCGCAGAGUCCCCCGCACGCCGCCAGAGACCCCCCCUCCGGCAUCCAGUGGACUCCGUACCAGGCACUCUACCAGUACCGACCUCAGAAUGAAGAUGAAUUGGAACUUCAAGAAGGUGACAGGAUAGAUGUUAUGCAGCAGUGUGACGAUGGCUGGUUUGUGGGGGUCUCUAGAAGGACGCAGAAAUUUGGUACUUUCCCUGGGAAUUACGUCGCUCCUGUGUGACCAGCAGCCUCCCCUCCACGCAGUCUUCUGCUCCUAGGAUCUUGCCUUCUUGGAGAAGUGCCCACAAUCAAUGGACACGAAAGAAAAGAGUAAAAAGACACGGUUUGAAAACUAAUAUGCCCCCCUCCCCCCAAGAUACGUCUUGCUUGCCAGCUGGAGUCUAUAUUCCCUGACUUGUUGUGUUUCACUUCUGCACCUUCGCUUCCUCGGAAGAAGACGAGACGACAACCUACGUUUCUUUUCCCAGUAUUUAUGAAGCAUCACUAAUUCCAGCAUUCCCGUGGCAGUUGCGGCUUGAACAGAGUGUACUGUACUGGCCUCUUGUUUCUCUUAACCUGGAAUCCCAUAUUUUUUGACUGUUCUUAUAACAGCAUUAGAGGGACGCGGUGGCUCGGGCUAGGACGUUGAGCUUGUCGAUCGAAAGGUCGGCAGCUCGGCGGUUCGAAUCCCUAGUGCUGCUAUGUAAUGGUGUGAGCUCCCGUUACUUGUCCCAGCUUCUGCCAACCUAGCAGUUUCGAAAGCACAUAAAAAUGUAAGUAAAAAAAAUAGGGACCACCUUUGGUGGGAAAGUAACAGCAUUCCGUGCGCCUUUGGCGUUGAGUCAUGCCGGCCACAUGACCACGGAGACGUCUUUGGACAGCGCUGGCUUUUCGGCUUUGAAAAGGAGAUGAGCACCGCCCCCUAGAGUCGAGAACAACUAGCACGUAUAUGCGAGGGGAACCUUUACCUUUUUAUAACAGCACUGGAAGCUGGAGAUGAGCAGCCUCUACUGCUGAGCCUACACUUAAUGCUUCCCUCCGGAAAAAUUCGUUUCUUUUUCUCUUGAAAGUACCAUUGUCGGAAGACUUUUUGGCCUAUAACCAAAAAUCUCACACAAAAGAUGAGCUGACUGGGUUACCUGAGUACACAACUUCGGUGUGUGCCUCAUAGGAAUCUCUGGGCCUUAUUUCCACCCGAGAUUGUGUCCUCUCCUUAAUGCCUGUGACUGAGAUUCUCAGUCAUCCAAGUCAUGGUUGUCCCCAAGGUGUUUUUUUUUUUUCCAAAAGGCAACUCUUGGACUCUCUUGGUUUUUUUUCCCCCUUGAAGACGUUUUGCUUUUUUCCUCCGUGAAGCUUCUUCAGUUCUGACUGAAUUUACUUAAUACAGGCAGAUAAGCUGGAGGGUUACCAGCGUUAACAUUUUUGUAUCUUGCCUAACUUCCUUCAAAGGCUUUGUUGCUGAACUUUGAUCUAAAUAACUCGUCCAUAUGAAGACUCGCGUAGAACUUUGAUCUAAAUAACUUAACAACCGUCCUCUUUCAUGCUCAGCCCUGCAGGCGGGAUGCACUUUCUGUGGUUUUGGGUUUGACACAAGCUAAGAGCAAUCGGCUGAAGAGUGAACAGAAUGCUUAGGGCUGUUCCUGUCCGGGCCACAGAGUGAGUUAUUCUUCCCUUCCUGCUUGAAAAGUUCAAUCAAAAUUUGACUACAGGUACUCUUUGACUUACGACCGCAAAAUUACGAGUCCAAAAUUUCUUGUUGCUGAGAGAGAAAGUUGUUUAAGUGAGCUUUGCCCCAUUUUGCAACCUUUCUGGCCACCGCUGUAAAGUGAAUCACUUGCAGCUAGUAACACGGUUGUUCAGCAAAUCUGGCUUCCCCACGGACUUUGCUUGUCAGAAGGUCACAAAGGGGUCAUAUGCAGGGAUGGGAUUCUACCAGUUUGGACCGGUUCGGGCGAACCGGUAGCUCCAAUGAUCAGCUGAAAGCGAACCGGUUCGUCCCAACAAUCAGAUGGGCCCAUCUAUUUUCCUACCUUUAUCUCCUCAGUGUCAUUGUAACUUUAGAGGGUCACUAAAUGGACUGUUAUAAGUCGAGGACUACCUGUAUUCAUGAUAAGGGAUUAAAAUACUGUUCCCGAUUAUGCUCCCCUCAUGUUAAAAAGAGCACCAGGAAUUCUUCCUUCACAAUUUUUCUUUAAGGUCCGUGUUGUUCCCAAAAUCUUCUCCAAAAUCUUAUUCCCGUCUCCAGAAGCAGAAGUAAAGGACCAAAAAAACAUUGUUGGUGGCCUCUCCUUGUCAUAGAUAAUUGUGGUCUCCAUACCAGAUGUUUCUUACUUUUGGUCCUCGUCUCCCGGCACUUUCCAAUCCAGCAAUUUCUUUCACCUCUAGAGACGGCAGCCAAAAUCCAGGAAACAUCAAGCGAUGAAUAGUUCUCCAAGCCCCUUUUGCUCAAAUUAUUGAGAAUACUGAUCACAUCCUGAUGGAUGCAGAGUUGUGAUAAAAAGGAAGGGAUGGAGAUAGCUUGUGUGUCAGGAUACUGAGGCAUUUAUGCCUCUUGCAAAUUCAGUGUCCUUUCGCAGUGCUGUUGCGUGGGUAGACACAAUGUCAUGUCAAAAUGUGCACAUUGGAACCAGUCCAACAUAAGCCAGUUUCUCUUCCUAGUGUGAACAAUAGAAAUUGUCCUUUGCGGAUAAUUAACAGCAUAGCAGCAUCUGGCAGAUUCGGGCCCAGCAUCCUACCUCAGUAGACUGUCUUCCUGCAAGCACCUCUUGCUUUGCACCUCAUUUUUACGCUCAGCUGACGCAAAGUAAUUUAAAGGUAAGGUGGCUUUGAACUCUUGAGUGAAGGGCGCUAUGUGUGUCUUUUUAGCUGGUGCACCAAUUACCCAGAAUCCUGGCUAGCUUGCUAAGUGGAGGAAAACCCAGGGGUGAAAUCCAGCAGGUUCUGAAAAGUUUCUGGAGAACCGGUAGCGGAAAUUUUGAGUAGUUUGGAGAACCGGCAAAUGCCGCCUCUGGCUGGCUUAAGAGUGGGGUGGGAAUGGAGAUUUUGCAGUAUCCUUCCUCCAGGAGCGGGGAGGGAAUGGGGAUUUUGCAGUAUCCUUCCUCCAGGAGUGGGGAGGGAAUGGGGAUUUCAUAGUAUCCUUCCCCUGGAGUGGGAUGGGAAUGGAGAUUUUGCAGUAUCCUUCCCUGCCACGCCCAUCAAGCCACACCAUGCCCACCAAGCCACGCCUACAGAACCAGUAGUAAAAAAAAAUUGAAUUACACUACUGGGAAAACCUGAGUGGGUCUGUCAGUCCCGGGAGGUCUGAGGGAGAGACUGAAGUGGCAAGCAAGCUUUCUGAUGAAGUUUUAUCUUGCCCACAAUCACAAACGUAUUUGUAUAAGCAGCCGUUGGUUUUUUCCCCUGGUUCGAAAGCUACCGAUUAAGCCUUGGAAAUAAAAAUUGAGGGGGUCCCUGGCCUGACCCAUUUUGCAGGAUGUGUUCUGAAACUGCCUAGCUUCACUAGUGUUGUUCGAAAGGGCAUUUACCUGUUAAUUCUGGAAAGAGUGGUCCGUAUCUAUAAUGGUCCGUACGGCUUGUCUUGCCAAUAAAAUCCUCACCGAGCGAAAGCUGC